AAGUAAAUUAUCUCUACAUCAUGUGCUAUGUAUUACUACGUACACAACUUGGUCUGGGAAGAGAUUAUCGAGACUAUGUUGAGGAAAGGGGUGAGCAUUUCUGAGAAUCAAAUUGGUUUCAUGCCAGGCUUGUCAAUUACUGCUGCCAUUCAUCUCGUGAGGAGACUCAUGAAGCAGUAUAGGGACCUAGACAUGGUGUUUAUUGACUUGGAGAAGGCAUGCGACAGGGUUUCUAGAGAGAUCUUAUGGAGGUGCCUUGAGCACAGAGAGGUAUUGAUUGCUUAUAUUCGGGCUAUUGAGGACAUAUAUGAGGACAUGUAUGACGAGGGGCUAAGCUUUGGAAUCUUGCUUCUAUCAUUCAUGCCAAUGGAGAGGUUGGUGGGGAUGUUGCGCAUCUUAUUGGUGGCGCUUGGGAAAAUUGGAAGCUUACUUCAAGUCCUUUGCGUUAAUAGGAUAUUGGCAAACAUGAAAGGGAUGCUUCAUCAGGUUGUAGUCAGAAUGGCUAUGUUGUAUGGUGUCGAUCGAGUGUUGGGCAGUGAAGGAUGCUCAUGUUCAGAGGCUACAAGUGGUAGAGAUGAGGAUGCUAAUGUGGAUGCAUACGAGGAUGGCUAAAAUCUGGAACAAGGAUAUUGGAAGGGUAAAAGUGGUUUUUAUGGAGGACAAUUUGUGUGAUGGUAGAUUAAGGAGAUUAUG